GCGCUAUCUUUUGAUAAAAAAAGUGUUUGAAUCAUAUGAAGAAUAAAGAGAAAAUAUUCAAAAUACAAACAGUAUAAUUUAUUCUGGCCCACCCGUUAUCUUAAUAAUGAAAUAGAUGAAUUACAAAAAAGUCAAAAAAGGCUUUAUGAUCAACUUUAUCAAUACAACGAAACGAUUGAAGAAAACAGUUUAUUGAACAAAUUAAAUGCAGACUUAAUUAGUAAAACUGAUGAAAAAAGUUUUCUUGAUGAGGAGCAUCAAUUAUUACUCGAAGAACGACAAGAUAUUGACAAACAAAUUGAAAAUUAUCAACAAAAAUUGGAUAUUUACGAAGUUGAUUUUAAGAGUAACGAAAAACAUUUAGAAAUUCUCCAAUCAAAUGUUAAGCACCUUGAACAAGAUUUGGAAGAUCCUCAUAAAAAAAAGAAUCAAAUGAAAAAAAUCUUUCGGAAUUAAGAAAAAGAUUCAUUGAAAAACAAAGUGAAGUAAAAAAAGAUGAAAAACAGCUUCAAGUUCUUAAUGAAAAACUUUCUCAAUCGAAUUAUUUGAAAACAUUUAUUAAAGAACUGAUUGAAUAUAAACAAAAAUUAGCAAAAAAAGAAGAUUCACCGGCAACUUUGACUCGAAUUCAAAAAGAAUUAGAUCAAAUUCCAAAAAGUUUCCAAAAUCAACUGGAGGAAAUCAAUAAUCGACGAUCAGUCAUUGCAAAUGAAAUCAAAAUAAAACAGACAAAAAUAAAUGAUUUACAAAAAGAUUUCGAUAAAAUCAUAACAACAACAAUCGAUUUUACAACAAGUUCAACAAUGUCAAUAAUUGAAGAGGAACGAGAUAUACGAUUAGCACAAAAUGAAGAAGAUAUUCAAUUAGACUUAGAUCUAAUACAUGAUGAAAAAGAGAAUGUCAAGAAAAUUAAAUCAAAACUGAAUGACCUUGAACAAGAAAUUGGAAGACUUGAAAAAAAAAUUAGCAAAACUCAUGAUGAUCAUGAAGAAGCUAAGCAAAACAAUGAAGAGCUUAAAGAUCGAAGAGAAAGUCAAAUGAACGAAAUUCAAUUAAAAGAUCGAGGAAUGAAACUUGAUCAGCAAAAAUUAAAUUUUCUUUUAAGAAAAAUCCAACAACAUCAAAAAGAGUUCAAUGAUUUACAGAGUUUAAAAGAAGAUCUUCAUAAACAACGAAAUGAGAUGUAA